GUUUGUAGGGACCAACAUUCGACCCCUAUAAAUGAACACCAUGACACACUCCUCUUUCCCAUCUCUCAAACCCUCCUCUCCUCGGAUUCUCAAACCUCACCACUGUGACCCACCCAAACAACGAGAUCAUCAUGGAAGGGACUGUGUCAGUGCUAUCGAAUGUGAGCAAGGUGGAGCUGUUGUCGAAGUGCUUUGAUCUCAUUACCAUCCCUGUGGAACCCUUGCCUCCGGUUGUGGCUUCCAACGGAGUUGCUGGCGGAGAGACGAAGAAGAUGAAGGAGAAGGAUAUUGUUCUGGGGAAGAACGUGCACACAACAAGCCUCACCAUCACGGAGCCUGAUGUGGACGAUGACUCCACCAGCGAUAUGGAGGCCUUCAUGGCCGGUGUCUUGGUUAGGUAUCGCAAAACUCUCAUUGAGAAGACCAAGUAUCAUUUAGGCUAUCCAUUUAAUCUGGACUUGGAUUAUGGUCCUCUAGCGGAAUUGCAGCAUUUCGCCAUAAACAACCUUGGCGAUCCAUUUAUUGAAAGCAACUAUGGUGUUCAUUCAAGACAAUUUGAAGUGGGUGUUUUGGAUUGGUUUGCCCGUCUAUGGGAAAUAGAGCAGAAAGAAUACUGGGGAUACAUUACAAAUGGUGGCACAGAAGGCAAUCUUCAUGGAAUCCUGAUUGGAAGAGAAGUGUUUCCAGAUGGAAUUUUUUAUACGUCGCGAGAAUCACAUUACUCUAUCUUCAAAGCAGCACGGAUGUACAGAAUGGAAUGCGUUAAGGUCGGCACUUUAAUCAAUGGGGAGAUUGAUUGUGCAGAUUUCAAAGCAAAGCUACUUUCUAACAAGGACAAACCAGCCAUAAUUAAUUUGAACAUAGGUACUACUGUCAAAGGAGCGGUUGAUGAUAUUGAUCUUGUUAUACAAACCCUUGAAGAAUGUGGAUUCUCGCAUGAUCGAUUCUACAUCCACUGUGAUGGGGCUCUGUUUGGAUUCAUGAUGCCAUUUCUCAACCGUGGACCGAAAAUAACCUUCAAGAAGCCCAUUGGAAGUGUGAGUGUUUCUGGCCACAAGUUUAUGGGAUGUCCAACGCCGUGCGGUGUCCAGAUAACAAGGCUUGAGCACAUUAAUGCCUUAUCAAGGAAUGUCGAAUACCUUGCUUCAAGGGAUGCCACAAUCACAGGAAGCCGGAACGGCCACUCUCCAAUCAUUCUGUGGUACGCGCUGAACAGAAAAGGUUUCAAGGGGUUCCAGAAAGAAGUCCAAAAGUGCCUCAGAAAUGCUCACUAUUUGAAAGACCGCCUUAGGGAAGCAGGUAUUAGUGCCAUGCUAAAUGAGCUUAGUAGCACGGUUGUGUUUGAGCGACCUCUAGAUGAGGAGUUUGUUCGGCGUUGGCAACUUGCAUGCGAGGGAAAUAUGGCACAUGUUAUUGUGAUGCCUAAUGUCACCAUUGAGAAGCUGGAUGAAUUCUUGAAUGAAUUAGUUCAAAAGCGCGCGAAUUGGUACAACGAUGGGAAAGCUGGACCUCCUUGUCUUGCACCAGAUAUAGGAAGUGAGAAUUGUGAUUGUGAUCUUCAUAAAUGAUAUCUAUAAGGGGGCGUUUGUUUAAUGGGAAAUAAAUAGUGCAGGAACUAUUUUUCUCAGGAUUAACAGUCCAUUGCAUUACAAUCCCUCUUAUAUAAUCUCCCCUUAGGAUUUACUGCAACUGCUAUCUGUUGGUUCUACUAUCGUUUGUGUGUGCCAAAACAAUAAAGUUCACCAGUGAUAUCUUCAAUUUGAUAUGUAUUUUUCUUGUUAUGCAAAAUUUAAUUAUCUUCUGCAAUUUGUGGAGUGUUAUCAAUGAAUUUCUUCUUUACAACA